CUUGUAAGGAUACAUUGCCUUUUUCUGACUGAGCCCUAUCUGGGGUUUUGGUCAGUAACCAAACCGCAAUUCUUGCAAACGGUAAGGGGUGUGAUAGAGUUGUGUCCUCUCCGGGCUUUACAUCGACUAUGGGUCUGCAGCGACAAGGAUGGCUGGUUUGGGUGACCCUCCUCAGUCUUGGGGUGUCGGUGAGCUGUGUGCGCCGGAGCGAACUCUUCCAGUACGGCGAGAGCGCAGGGGACCGAGUGCUGGAGCAAGGAAAUGACCGGACGCAGGAACUGGUGCUCGACAAACCUCUGUUAUUUUAUGACAGAAAGUUUGACCGAGUUUACAUCAACACCAAUGGAUUUGUUGCUGUGGAGAGGCCCACUGCGGAGUCAGAGUACCUACGGAACAUGCCGGCCAGUUUUGGCAUGAUCGCCGCUCUGCAAGGGGACCUGGACACCAGCGAUGGCGUGGGGAAGGUCUUCUUCCGUCAUGACUCCAGCCCUGCCACGCUGCGAUUGGCAGCUCAGCACAUCAAUCGGGCCUUUCCGGAAGACAACGAGGUGGAGCCCAGCCACGCCCUGGUAGUCACCUGGGACAGUGUGGCACCCCAUGAGCCCCAUAUCGGAGGAGACGGGCAUGACAAGCAGCGGAACACCUUUCAAUUGGUGGUUGCCUCAGUCGAGACGGCCUCCUAUGCUAUUCUGCUCUAUCCGAGGGAAGGGAUGCAGUUCCUCUCUACAUCCACUGGGGGCGAAAAUGGGCCCUUGCAAGCUGGCUUCAGCAAAGGGCUGGUGAAGUUCCUUCUGUGGACCACUCGUCAGGGACCAUACUAUCGGAUAACCACCAGCGACAAGGAGUCUGUCCGAAAACUGGCAGAGCAGACAAACUCCGGCAAGCGCGGUGUGUGGGUGUACGAGAUUGGCACGUCGCCAUAUUUCACAGCUGUCGCCCCGGGCGAGGUAACAGAGCUGCCGGUGGAGGCAGGCCAGGAGAGGGUCAGCUACAACGUGCAGGAGGAGGUGGUCACUGCCCCAGAGAGGACUAGAGGUCCAGUGCACCAGCCGCAAGUCGUGGAGUACGCUCCCUACGAGCAGGAGCAUAGCGAACGCCAGCGGCUGGUGUACCUGGAGCCGGAGGAGAGGCGUGUGGAUGUGGUGGGGCAGCAGGUUCCUCAGGAGCCCUACGGCGAAGCCCUCCCCGUCCACCCGGUCCAGUUCCAGCCCCACCAGCCCCGCUACCAGCCGCAGAACCCCGAGGUGGUGGUGGUGGACGACAGCCUCAUUAAUGUCGAUGUGUUCUCGUACAACUUUGAAACGUGUGCCAACAACAGACAGAAGUGCUCUACCUUUGCUGACUGCCGAGACUACCCAAAUGGAUACUGCUGCCACUGCAGACCUGGAUUCUAUGGCAAUGGCAAGCAGUGUGUAGCAGAAGGCAAGCCCCAAAGGAUGAAUGGAAAGGUCAGCGGCAGGGUGUAUGUGGGGAACUCACCUGUGCCAGAGGAGUUCAACAACAACGACCUGCACUCCUAUGUGGUGGCCAAUGAUGGCCGGGCCUACGUUGCCAUCAGCACCAUUUCCCCCCGGCUUGGCCCCUCCUUGCUCCCCCUCUCCUCCUUGGGUGGGGUCAUCGGCUGGGCCUUUGCCCUGGAGCAGCCCGGACAUGAGAAUGGCUUCAGCUUGAUUGGCGGAGAGUUCACGCGGCAGGCAGAAGUGACCUUCCUGCCCGGGAACGAGAAGCUGGUCAUCAAGCAGGAGUUCAAAGGCAUCGACGAGCACGACCACCUGGUGGUCAACACCGAGCUGGAGGGCAGGGUGCCCGAGGUGCCGGCGGGAUCCACCGUGCAGAUCGACCCGUACUCCGAGAUCUACCAGUACAGCAGCAACCUGAUCACCUCCUCCGCCACCCGGGAGUACACGCUCAACCUGGCGGACGGCAGCACCCAGACCAGGACCUUCCAGUGGCGGCAGACCAUCGUGUUCCAGAGCUGCCCUCACGACGAGGCCACCAGGGCGGCGCUCCCCACCCAACAGCUCAGCGUCGACCAGGUCUUCGUCAUGUACGACCCCGGCAACCAGCUCAUCCGCUACGCCAUGAGCAACAAAAUCGGCUCCAUCCAUGGUGGUCAGCCGGAGGAGAACCCCUGCUUCACAGGCCGACAUGGCUGUGACACCAACGCUGUCUGCCGACAUGGCCAGGGCACCCAGUUCACCUGCGAAUGUGCCACUGGUUUCACCGGGGACGGACGCAGGUGUUACGACACUGACGAAUGCAGAGAAACCCCCCAUGUCUGUGGCCCUCACGCAACCUGCAGCAACCAGCCCGGCACCUUCCGCUGCGAGUGCAUUGAUGGCUUUCAGUUCUCCAGCGAUGGGCGUACCUGCGUAGAGCUGGCCCGUCCCGUUGAUCAUUGCCAGGCUGGGACCCACAACUGUGACAUCCCAGAGCGGGCCAGGUGCAGCUACACUGGAGGCUCCAACUUCAUCUGCUCCUGUCUUCAGGGCUUUGUAGGGGAUGGGCACGCCUGCCAGGACAUAGAUGAGUGCCAGCCGGGCAGGUGCCAUCAGAACGCCGUGUGCUACAACACUCAGGGCUCCUUCACCUGCCAGUGCAGGCCUGGUUUCCACGGUGACGGCUUCCACUGCUCCACCGAGCGUGAGAAGACUCAGUGUGAGCGCCAUCGGGAGAGCAUCCUGUCCUCCACUGGCUUCGGCCCGCGCGGCCCGCGCCCCCCUCCCGGGCAGUAUGUGCCGACCUGCGACGCGCUCGGCACUUACGAGCCCACGCAGUGCCACGGCAGCAUCGGCCAGUGCUGGUGUGUGGACCGGAACGGGGUGGAGAUUCCCGGGACCCGCACUGGGCCUGGCAGCCGACCACCCAUGUGCAUUGAUCAGGGUGUGGUGCCACCGCCGGUGGGCCCCACCCCUAGGCCCGACGUCCACCCACUGCCUCCAGGGACACAUCUGCUGUUCGCUCAGAGCGGAAAGAUUGAGCACAUUCCCCUGGAGGGUUACGACAUGAAGAAGAGUGAGGCCAAGGCCGUACUGCAUCUCCCUGAGAAGGUGGUUAUCGGAGUGGCUUACGACUGCGUGGACAAGAUGGUCUACUGGACUGACAUCACUGCACCCUCUAUCAGCAGAGCCAACCUAAAGGGGGGAGAGCCCACUGCGGUCAUCAAUACAGAUCUGGUAAGCCCCGAGGGAAUCGCCAUCGACCACCUGGGCCGCACCAUGUUCUGGACAGACUCCAUGCGGGACCGGAUUGAGGUGGCCUCCCUGGAUGGCAACCAGCGGCGGGUCCUGUUUGACAGCGACCUGGUCAACCCCCGUGCCAUCAUCACUGACCCUCCCAACGGGCACCUCUACUGGGCUGACUGGAACAGAGAUUCCCCCAAGAUUGAAACCUCCUACAUGGAUGGAACUAACCGGAGGAUUCUGGUGAGGGAUGACCUGGGGCUGCCCAAUGGCUUGACCUAUGACCCUCAGACCUCCCUGCUGUGCUGGGCCGAUGCAGGUACCCAUAAGGUGGAGUGCAUGAACCCCAUCCGGAGUGACCGCAGACAGGUGCUGGAUGGUAUCCAGUACCCCUUUGGAAUCACAUCCUAUGGAAAGAAUCUCUACUACACCGACUGGAGGAGGGACGCCGUGAUCGUGGCAGAUCGCCCCGCGGGGAGGGAGACGGACGAGUUCCAGCCUCAGAAGCGAUCCCGGCUGUACGGAAUCACCACUGCCUACGCGCAAUGCCCCGCCGGGCAAAACUACUGCGGCGUCAAUAAUGGAGGCUGCACUCACUUGUGUCUAGCGACCCCUACUGGCCGCUCUUGCCUGUGCCCUGACAACGCAGUGGGUGUGAGCUGCGUGGAGAGAGAGGGCAGAUACUGAAGAGGAAGAGCAAGGCAGAAAAGCAUUCGUUAAUAAGGAUACGCUUUGCGUGUCGCUCCUAACCCGAUUUCUGGUGCUAAAAGAAGUGUCACCGGUCACUAUAGUUAUUCAAUAAGCCACUAAACACCAGAAAUGGGACUGCUGUGUCAUAAGGAUGUCAUUUUUGUAAUCACACUACUUUUAAGAAAAAAAUAUUGUUUUGAACUCCUUAAUCCCCUAAUAAAAAAAAAAACACACAAUUAUUGUUUUUUUAUUGUAAAUAAUUGAAAUAUUAUUUGAAGUAAUUUUCUCAGAGGUGCUCUCAAGGAAAAAAAAAAA